GUUUUGUUUUUAUUUUGUGUUGACACUAGAAGUGAAUCAAAAACGUAUAAGAAAUAAAAUUAAAAUCAAUUUCCAGUGCAAAAGUUACUGAUAAAGUGUUACAAAAAUGCCCCGCAGUCGCUCGCGGGAUAGAGGAACUAGCCACCGACGAAAGUCACGGCGGGACGACGAUCGGAAGAAAAAGCGCCGUGAUUCGAGUUCCCGUUCCGAUAGCAGUGGAAGCAGCAGUAGCAGUAGUAGUGAACGCUCUCGGGACCGAAACAAGAAACGAAGUAACAGAAAUAAAUCAGCUUCCCGCUCCCCGAUCAAAAGGCAUCAACGGGAGCGCGACCGUGACCGAAGACGUUCCAGGUCCCGAUCCCGGUCAAGGGACCGGAGAGAUGACCGAAGGCCUCAUCAAAACGGACACAGCUCGUCGUCAAAAGAUGGACCCAGCAGAGGUUUAGAUGGUGGGGAAUCGUCCGGUCGAAGAUGGGAGCACGACAUGUACCAGGAGAAACAGUCGCGGGGCGAUGCGGAUCGAAGCCGUCGAGCCGGAUUGGGCUGGGGGAAGGAACGAGCAGGUGGAAGCAGCGGUAUGAACGAGGAAUUUAUGCAGUCAAGGCGAUUGCAGCGGGAAAUUAUUGGAGAGGAGGGCGCCCCGAUUGCGUGGGCGGAUUCGCCCUCGCCAAGAGAAUCAUCCGAUGACGAGAAGGAGCAAACCGCUGCCAAAAAAGUAAAAGCUUCCAAAAAGGCGAAGAAGAAGAAAAAGAAAGGGAGUGAUAAAAAGGAUAAGAAGAAGAAGAAAUCCAGUAAGAAGAACCGCAAAAAGGAUAAGCAUACUAAGAAGAAGAAAAAGAAGGUCUCUUCCUCGUCAUCCGCGGAUUCGUCCUCUUCUUCGUCAUCAUCGGACAACAACGAGGAGGAAGAGGAGUGGGUUGAAAAGUCGGGUAGCAAAGCGGAAGCCAGAGCCGGAACUUCCAAGGGUAGUGGUGGCGCGGACGAGGAACUGGGCGAUGGCGUCGUGGGACCGAUCAAAACCAGCGGUAAUCUAAGCCAGAAGGACUUUGGUCGGGCACUGCUGCCUGGUGAGGGUGCCGCGAUGGCCGCCUACGUGACCGAGGGCAAGCGAAUUCCGCGGCGUGGUGAAAUCGGGCUGACAUCGGACGAGAUUGCCAACUUUGAGGACGUUGGAUACGUGAUGAGCGGUAGCAGACAUCGUCGCAUGGAGGCGGUCCGUAUCCGUAAGGAAAAUCAAAUCUAUUCUGCGGACGAGAAACGAGCGCUGGCUAUGUUCAGCAAGGAAGAACGUCAGAAGCGCGAAAACAAGAUCCUGUCGCAGUUCAAGGAGAUGAUCAGCGCUAAACUAGCCAGUGACAAGCGUUGAGUAGUUUAUCGUUAACUAUUCUGUCUUUGUCAGAACCGUAGGUAAUAUGGAUUAUAAAGUAUCUGUACUUAUGGAAGAACCCGAUAAA